AUGAUGCGCUACAUGUUCCUUGACUACGGCCACAUUAUCGCCGACGUGAACGCUCAACGUCUACGUGGACCGUUCCAACUUCAUGGCAAGACUAUUUUGAAGUCCUGUUGCCGCAAGCACAACACGAUCCCAGAGAAACUAGUGGCUAAUGGGAUGGAGCACAUGUGGAUGCGUGACCCGGAGAAGAACGAACACCGCGUCGUAGUAAUCCACUACCAUGGUGGAGGCUACUGCAUAUCGGACCCGCUCCAGGACGUGGAGCUGGCGAAUCUGGAACACACGAAACUAAAGCAGAUUUUGAAGGAGAAUCACCAACUUGACGUGUCGGUUGAUGUUUUGCUGGCCAACUACCGCAUGGCCCCCGAAUUUCUAUACCCGACGUCUCUAAAUGACUGCUUUAACAUGUACAAAUACGUGUUGAAACACGAGAAUAUCCAACCAAACCACGUCGUGUUCAGUGGCGACAGUGCCGGCGCCGAGAUGUCGAUGACCAACUGUAUGCGUCUCCGCAAAGAGAGUCCAGAGCUGCAGCCUGCUGCGGCGCUGUGCUACUCACCGGUGGUGGACUUUAGCGAGACUGGCAACGACGAGAAGACGCCGUAUUGCAUCCUGGCAGCCAACUUCGCCGACAGCUGUCUGGCGACGUACCUGCGCAGUGUGACGGACCCGGAGAAGCGUCGUCUGGUGUCUCCGAUCAACCACAGUCUGCGUGACCUGCCUCCAAUUUUCCUGCAGUGGGGCGACAUGGAGAGGUUCUACGAGCAAGGUCUGCGAUUCAAGGCGAAGGCGGACGCUGAAGGCGUGACAAACAUGGAGGUAGAUAUCUUGAAAAACAUAGUGCACGAUCCGGUGAUGUUCCCGACUGCGGUGAGUCCUGCGGCUGAGAAGGGCAUUCAAAACGCGUGCGAGUUCGCGGCGAAGCACCUGGUCCCAGUUCUUCGUGCCAAUGAUCCGGAACCAGAACCGUAA